AGGUAAAACCAACGGCGCGCCAGACACUUGCCGGAUCAGUUCGCGGUAACUUCGGCUCCGGUUAGAUUCUGAUGCAUGCGCGAGGAUUUACGCCGGUAUUUAAAUGAAAUAACGCGGGAGAAAUGUUUUGCGAUUGAUUUUGUGCUUUGGUGAAGUGAUUUUUGCGAUUUUGGAUUAUUAACCGACCCGAACCAUGCUGAAGUGGACUGUAAUGGCUCGGCGAGAGGCCGACAAAUCCGACGCCUUGCGCCGUCCAACGGCGGAUGCUUCAACCAGCGAAACGACUCCGAAGAGUAAUAAAACGAAACGUCGGCACUCCAGCGGCCAUCGGCGGUCCGGGGGCCGGCGGUCGAGCUUGGGCCUCGAGAUGGAUAAAGAGAACCAGUUCACGUCCACUCCGAUCAAGUCCUUCGAGGACCAUCACCAAUUCGACGCUUUGCGGGACGUCAGCAAUCUAACACCGAACCGACGAGUGCUCUCCGCUAAAAAAUGCAGGAGGAGUGCGUCGCCCUCCUCCCAUAGGAAGCAUAAGAAGAAAAAGCUCUGUCUCAACCCCUCGCACAGGAAAGAGUUCGGAGAGGGCAAGAACUAUUUCAGGCCCUUCGAAACGGUCGACUCGCACAUUGAGGGGGUGCUCGUUGACAAGGACCUCAGUGGAGAAUUGCGGGUGAAAAGGCGCAUCCAGGACACGUACGCACCCACCCUGCCCACUUUCACCACGGAAUACUCGCCCUGUUUCAUGAGGGAUGCCCACUGUCUUUACAACUUCACCCCCGCGAAAGCGACCCCCCUGGGGAAGUAUCUAGCACUGGACCAAGACACUCCCCACCCGAGCAAAAAACCGAAAAUCGACCACGUCAGUGAUUUUCUGCAUCAAAUUAAUUUCAUAACGUCCCCGGAAGACGACAAACUGACUUGCCCCACGAUGGAGUCCAAGUCAACCCUCACAUUACGCGAGGAGUCCAAAGUCUCGCCUCUAGUCAAAAAAUUAGUAGAUCUAAGGUUUAGUCAAUUAAGUUGCGAUAAGGACACUUGUAAAAACAACUCGUCCCUAAUUAACGACUUAUCCCUCGACCAAAUCGUCGACGCCAUCCUCAACUCCUCGGCCGAGAGCGCGGCCAACAAAGAGAACGAAUCGAACGAAACGCACGAAGAAAACUUAAUAAACACAGAAAACGAGCGACACGUCGCCACUUCCUUUGAUCGCUGCUCUUCCGACUCGGGCUUCAAGAGCUCGACGACGGAAUACUCGCACCAACUCGAGGGCAAUUUCCAGUGCAAGUGCAAGACCUCCACCCCGAACGCCGCACUUUGCGACAAGACCAUCAUCAACAUCAAUGAAACUUUCAACGAACGCUGCGUGGACGUGAUAAACCCGAGGAAAAGGCCGUCGUCGACGCCCAACGACGACAAUAACGCCAAACGCGCCUAUUUGGACAAAUCCGAGGAGGACAACGUUUACUGCACCCUGAAACGACAACGGUGCAUCCGCCGCCGGAGAACCGACGACGAGAAGAAAAUGAGCGCCAAGAAAUCGCGCAAAGUGGACGAACCCAUAAUCGGGGACGAGUCGUUCGACUCCAAUAUUUCGGGAAAAAUUGCCGAAGAUAACAGCACGCCGCUGAAUGAAACUUUUACGCUUUUGACGCCAGUGGAUAACAGUCGGAGGUUUCGGAGAUGCCUGUUAUUCGAAUCGCCCACGUCGUUGUCCGAAAGCGCUUCGACCACCAACAGCAGCCUCCGGGACGUGAGAGGGACCAUGGAUUUGAACAUUCGUUGCGAAAACGACGAAUUAUACGCCAACAUAAUUCGCUGCAAGGAUUUGUACAGACCCAACGGGAAGCAAAUAAACGCUUAUGUGAAGGUUGCCUUAAGUGAUCGACUAGGAGAUAAUCGCAGGAAACGGAACGGAAUAUUACAGCGUACCGCCGUUCAAGCCGACUCCUCCAAACCCUUCUUCAACCACACUUUUAAAUUUCCUCUCCAGAAGGAAAGCCUUCAAAAGCGAUUACAUAUCGAAGUUUGGCAUCGGGAUCGCAGCUCAAGAACAAGCGAAUUUUUGGGGUGUAUGUCCUUUGAUGUCAGACAUGUGUAUACGAAGGAUAUCAGCGGUUCAUAUCGUUUGCUGCCUCAGUCGUCAGGACGCUGUCAAAACAUUCCGAUAAGCGUCGAGCCGUUAGAUCGCGAAGCAGAGGAAGACUGCCAGCCUAUAAUGUGCGAGAGUCAGUCGAGCGUCGACGAGAUCAUGAGCCUUGAUGGUCUCGACAACGACUUGAAGAAAGCCACCAACAAGGCGAUCCUGAGCGAGCAGCAGAAAUAUGCAGAUGAGAACUUGUUCCUGCGCUAUCUGGAGCUGGACCCUACGGAAGGGCCGGAAGCCAUCCCCGCCGCGAUGCAGAGAAAAGCGACGGGGAACAAAAACGGCCGGACGCCCUUUACGCAGACGAAGAAGUUGACGCGUGCUCCCAAAUCCGGGUUCGGCUUCUCGGUCGUCUGGACGCAUCCGCCGCGGAUAGAAAGGGUCGAGAAGGGGCUGCCGGCGGAGAAAGCGGGGAUUUUGCCGGGGGAUUACAUUAUCUUCGUCGAUAAACACAAUGUCGUCAUGAUGCCAGAAAUUGAUAUUUUGAAUUUAAUUAGGUCGUAUGGAAGUCAAUUAACUUUAGAAAUAUUUAGAAGAAACGCGGCGAAAAACGGUUCUGUGCCAAGCGUCAGGCGUUUAAAUAGUACCGGAACUUGCAGCACGACGGGGCUUCCUAUAAGCUCUAAUUUAGUGCAAAGACGUCCCUCCACUGUUUGUUCAACGAAUACAGCCUCAGUCGAUUACAACAGGAGAAAAUUGCAUUUACCUCAAGUUACUUUUAGUGCAGAGAAAGCCAGUAAUAACCAAGAAGAAAAUAGAACGAAAGCCAUGUAUCAACUAAUACAUAAAGAACAACAAUACGCAACAGGGUUACAAUUUGCAGUUACAAGAUUCGUAUCAGCUCUGGCUGAGCGGCGAGACUUAAUUACACCUUCCGAACAUAAAAUUCUUUUUCAAAAUUCCGAAGAGAUUCUUAGAGUAACAGAGGAUAUCCUCGACAAUUUAGUUCACGAAGAGGGUGUUCAUAAUUUAAUUCGGACGUAUCACGCAAAAUUGAACGAAAUUACAGCAGCUUACAGACGCUAUUGCUCAGGAAUUAAAAAAGCUGACUGCGUAUUAGCAAAUAAAACGAAAAAUUCCAAUUCGGAGUUUGUUAGGUUCUUACACACGCCAUCGAUUCCUAGAAGACGGCCAGACAUUACUGCAUUUAUUCAUAAACCUCUCGAGCAUUACAGGGAAGUUUUGAAAGCUUUCACUGUUAUACAAAGCCACACAAAGCCUAAUCAUGAAGACUAUCCUGUGAUAAAUCAACUUGUGCAUGACUUGCAGCACACUUAUAGAGAAAUUACAGUAGAGGCAGGACUCAUGGAACCGAUGGGGGAAGGCCGACCUCUCCUAUCAGUCCAAGACUUAGAAAAUCGUUUAGUUUUCACAAAGUGUAAACCUUUCGUUUUAAAUAAACCCGGUCGCCAAUGGAUAUUCGGAGGCGAUUUAGGGCGAGUGGAAGGACGAAACGUACGACAAUACUGGACGCUUCUAUUUAGUGAUUUAUUAUUAUUUGCCAAAGUUUCGAGAGACCGAGUUUUAUUCAUUAUUGAAGACCCUUUACCCUUAGCACACAUAACUGACAUGUUUUUCAACGUUAGGAAAAAAGAUACUGAAUUUAGGAUAACUGUUACACCAGGUGGAAGACUUGCGAGUAGUCCAACUGUACACUGCGGACCUGACUUAUCGAGAACUCCGAAAAAAAAUACGGGUAAAAGGACAGUGAUUUUAAGGGCACCGACGACGGAGCUGAAAGCGGUUUGGCAAAAUCUGCUCCAGCGGCAAAUCUUCCACGUAAACGCGGGCAUGGACGGCAGCUCAUUUAGCAGCCCGUUAGAAUCUCCCGACGCUCCAAUAACCUCCUCCGUGGCCACCCUUCAGUCUGCAGAAUCGCUCUCCUUCCGUCGGCAGACUCCGCAAAACAUAAACGAAAAUUCAGAAAUGCAAAAGCAAAUAGACGCCCUUAUAGAGCAUAAGUGUAAACAAUUGAGCAAAAAUAAUAGCGGAAAAGGUAAUGCUAUUCAUUUAGAAAAAUGGAUGAAAGGUCAUCUUGAUUCUGAUAUUGCUGAUGAAGCAGAAUUGGAACCUUUAUCCGAAGAAUGGACCGAAGAAAUGCUCCGAAAACGGUCAGAAGAACUCCAGUUAAUAGACGCCCAAGGGAACGUUACCUCUCGUAACGACACCCGAAGAAUCGAAAGCAGAUGCGAAGACAACAACUUAUCUGACCACGAUCAAAGUCCGUCCAAAAGUACAACAACAGAAAGUCAAGUCACCGUGCGCUCAAGCCCCUUAGUGCCAGAAACUGUGCCAGUGUGCCGACAGUGCCAUAAAAAUUGCCUUCCAUCUGUAAACAAUAGUGUCAAAAGUGCUCGAUCUAACAAUAACACCGAAAAUCCAAAAAAAGACGAAAAUGAUAAUAAAGACGAAGACGACUGGAGACCCCUCCUUCUGAUGGGCUUAAGUGCAAUCAACCCAGCGGCUAGUCUAGUCAAAUUAGAUCCGUUUUCUACACCAAUCCCACAAAUAAACGUCGCGCCACCAACACCAGAAAGCUCCACCAAGACCGGAAGCACUUCCGAUCAGAAACAGAAAGACGGUUCCUGCAGUUGUCGCAAUAGCAGGCCUGAAUUGAAUAACUUAGAACUAUCCAACGAAGUUGAUAUAUCACCAGACGAUUCACCUCAAACUGAAGAACAUCCAUAUCACUCGUUAAGCAGCUCAAACUUAACACUACGAAGAUACGGUACAGUUUCUAGUUUAGAACGAUUAGGAACAGACGAACACGAAGACAACUGGGAUGAACGAUAUUCGUCUGAUGAAGAAAACGAAGAACGUGGAGGUAUUGACAACGAAGCAUUUUACCAUUCAUCUAUUAAAAGUUGGACUGCGAAAGCUGGCUCUUUUGUUGCCGAAAAAAUGUCGUUUUUUGAACGACUUGGAGAAGAUUAUAGAAGCACUGGGCGGUUUUUUGAAAGAUAUUUAAAAACAGCAGAAACUACAGUUAAUGGAGAUGACGUCCAAGAAGACGAAACAUCUGGCGCUACUUCUGGCGAAGAAAUAUGGGGAACACCCACCAGUGGUGGUGAAAUGGAAGAUCCCUUGAGUUCACCAAAUUAUGAAGGAAAACAAUCGCCUUAUGACGGUUCAAUAUCGUCCGACAAUGGAGACGACACAGAACUCAUGAUGGACGAGCUGCUAAUGACCCCUCCCAUCACUGGUGCCAUUAUGAGAGGUCUUCUUCCUCGCAGGACACUAGAACCGUUGAUAGAAGAAGACUUUUCGGAGAGUUGUUCUCCCUCAUCAUCGGGAACCCCAACCGAGCCUUCCAUGUCUCCGGAACAGUGUGGGCAGGGCAACGGAACUGGCGAUGUUGCUGACAAAUGUUCGACUGCUGUAGAAAACCGGAUAGAGACUCCAGAGAUGGGGUCGGCAGUUACGACGUCCGAAGCGACUGCUGUUCCGAAAAUUCAUCGAUCGGAAAGUUACCGCAAGAUUGUAGAAGCGGCGGAAGAAGACUACGACGACGCCCUCGGUUUUUUCGACCGGUUCAAGCCAACAGUGAAGUUCAUAAAUAUUGAGCGAGUACCGCGAGCAAAAAGUGCAAAAAUUUUUGAGUUUUUUAACAUGCGGCGCGAACGCCGAAUCCACCAAACCAUUCCGGAAGGAAAACAAUUAAUCAAAAUUUUCAGUAAAGAAGGCACGAUUUCAGACAAUGUUCCUACGUCUUAUGCGGAAAAACCGCUUUCGCCUAGACGAUUAAAGGAUAAGCAGAUGGAUCGAAGGUUUUGGAAACAGUUGAGUAGACGUCGUGGCAAUAAAAUGUCAAACCUGCCGGCCUAAUUAUCGCAAUAUAAUAGUUUUUCAAAAUUUUCAUCACAGUUUCGUCAUUUCAAGCUCAACUCACGUGAUAUUGGUGCUUUGAAAAAUGUGCAAAUUUCUCAAUUAAUAAUUUUGGCUUAAAUAAUUGGCACUAAAUAUUAUAGUUGUUAACUAUGUAAAUAGCUUUAAAUCGUUAUUCAAUUUUUAUAAACUAUUUACUACAUAGUUAAAAGCAUCGUUUCUAUUUAAAAAUUCUAGUCUAGUAGGAAUCGAUUAAAAUGCAGGGGUGUAAAGUAGUUAAAGAAUAAAAAUCCGUCACAUAACAUUUGUGAUAAUUACAAUUUUGUAUACUGUUGAAAAUAAAUUCCAAAAACCAAACCUUUUUUUAUUCUUAACACAGGGAGAUAACACCUUUCAGAAUUUGCUCGAUCUCGCCGAUACUUAUCUCGGUUUCAAAGAUGUGCUCGCUCUUAUUUCCCUUGCUCUGCACUGGUAUUUUUAUUGUUAUUUUGUCGUUUUUCGUCUGGCCGUUGGCUUUGGCCUGGUUCCAUAUAUUCUUCCACAAAAUGUCUUUCUGAUGCUGCUUUGCUUUACUAACAAUUUUCAAAAAUUCAUGUUUGCCUUCAAUUGAUUAAUUACUUUUUGCGCAACCAUUCAACUUUAGUCACUUACCUUGUUCGUUAUUUCUCUGCUCCAACAUUCUUUGACUCGUCCUAAAUUUCUCUGGAGAGGACCUACGCCACUGAGGCGAUUGUGCGCUACUUUUCCUCUGCGAUACUUUAUAUUUUUCUGGCGAAGGCCUGUCCCAAAAAGACACUUUCCGACUUGUGUUACUCUUCUGUUGCGACACGUCUGGAGAGUCUUUUCUCCAAAGGGAGAUUUUUGGGUUUAUGUAGGAAACAUCGACGUUUUUAUUGUGUUUGUGGUCGCUUUUAGAGUAAGGAGACUUGACCCGUUGUGGAUUACUUUUGGGACUUUUUUCGCGUGGACUUAAAUGACGGAUAUUUUCACGAGGAUCGUAAUUACCCGCAUUCAUGUGUCGCAUGAUUUUUCUUAUAGCUUCUUCUCUUAUGCUUUCGGCUUGCGCCGCCUCUAUUGACCCUCUCUCGGACAAAGCGAACUUGCCCAAAAUGUCGUUGAGUAAAUUUACGAUUCUAUUUUUCAAAUCAAUUCCUGGUUUUAAAAUCUCCUCGCCCCAUUUCCAAAUGUAUCCGCCGUAAAACAGUUCCUCGUCGGUGAUUGUGCCUUUGUCGUCUUUCAAGGCUGGUUUUUUAUCUUCUUUGAAACUGCGGAAACAAUGCAAAGCUUCCGAGCUUUGACAUUGUAGAGAUUUUUCAGUCGGACGUUCCUGUAUAUCUUGCAACUUUGAACAUUUCUUGUAAUUUUUAAGUGGGGAACGCAAAGAAGUGUCACUUUUAGAUUUGACGAUUUUGGGGGAUAGGCCAGUGACCAUCUUGGAGAUGAUUUUUUUGAAGUAAUCUUUUGGAACAACUUUUUCCUCCUGCAUUGCUAGUCUCUCCUCCAGGACUUUAAUCCUGUUCGAAAGAUGGUUUAUGUAGGAAUCACCAUUACCCUUUGUCCUCAUUUUACUGAUAUUUUCGAGAUUUAUCUUUGGUUUUUUUCUUGGACUCGGGAACUGUUUAUGAGACGAAGGUGAUGGAGAUUCACUAAGUUCGACAAGAAGUGGAUGCUUUUGACAUUCAGCAAGCAAUCCUAUAAUACCGCAGUUUUCACACAGACAUUUCCCUUCGACCUUGUCGUCUUUAUCUAACAAUUUUUGUUUCUUUUGAGGUAAAAGUAUUGAUCUUAUGUCAUGCGGUGCUGUUUCAAUUCUGUAGCAAUCAUGGUUCCGAUUACUGAGAGAACUGGGCAAAGAACUGGGCUUUUUGUGUCUCGAAAUCACAAAUUCUUCUGAAGCAGUUUCGUCGACUGUGGUUUGACUGAUAACAAGAUUGAUGUCUUGCAUGUUAGUUAUUCUUGUUUCCACGUUUUUCAACGAACGACGAAUUUCGCAAAAUAAAGGUUCUACCGACUCAGCAAUCCCGAUAAAGUCUUUACGUUCUAAGUCAUCAACUGGAGAAUUGGAAGAAAUUCGUUCUUUAUUUUUGGCGAAUUCUUUUUUCGCAUCAGCAUCGUCGUGUUUGCGAAUUUGGAGAACAGUAUCGUCACACUUUAAUUUUUCAAGAACUUUCUGUUUUUUUCUUCUCUGCUUUUCCAUCGACGUGAUUAAUUUUCUGACUUCGUCAGCUCGAAGCGUAUUGGUUCUUUGUGUACCAAACGCUUCCAGCUCUUUUGGCUUGAUUACAGUAACGUCUAGCAAAGUGGAACGACAUUUGUGGGGAUUAGAUAAUAUUCGUUUAGUUUCUGAAUCCACCUGGAUUUCUAAACAGAGUUCCACAUCCUCUCCCAUGUUGCACAAGACACGAAAACGUAGUACACUUAACAACACGUAAAAACGUAGGAAUUUUCAUUGUUACAUAUUUCAUAAAUUUUGUAAUGAAAUUUGUUCUUCACGCCAAAAAUAUGAAACGUCAGUCGAUUUUGCUCAAAAAUUUGUAUCAAAUGACAAACAUCAAACAAUUGAAAUUUUUUUCAAUCAAACGAUUUUAUUGAAAAUUCACAAAAAAUUGACACAGUUCCAGAGAUGUCUGCUAUUGACACGCCGAGUUAUGCUCUCCCUCCAGAGAAGGACAGUGGUGAUGGGGAAAUAAACCGUUAUAAAUCACCACCUUGUGCAAGUUCCAGCUCCCAGGUGGUAGCCUCCGAAAUAAUGAACGACAUUGUAGACAACGCGUUUGAAGUAAUUCUGGCUAGAAACUUUGAGCAGCCCCCUAAACUAGAAAAGAUAACACCAAACGUCGUGGGUGACAUUAUAGACAACAUUUUGUCGCCGUCCUCAAACACAAGUGCGUCAAAUGAAAAUUACCGACAGGACGAGACGGCUCUCCUCGAUGAGGAAAUUAAACGUAUUAUAAAAGAAAUGAAAUACCCGCCUGAGCAAAAAAGCCCGAUCUGUACGCAAGGUGUCGGUGAUCAGCUCGGUGACAAAUCGAAAGUAACUCCCGAUAAAAUUGUCUCAGAACCCGUCAAAAGAAACACCCUAGAACGUAAAAACCGACUGACCAAUCUUGUAAGACACUCCAAGCAGAUGUUGGCCAAACUUGUCACAAACGAGCCCGAAAGUGAAGUACGAAUGACCAAGUCGGAAGAAAUCCACGAAAAGCUGUUGAAAGUUAUUGAUCUUGAAGGCAACGACCAUAAGAAUUUUGCUGAGGGUUGCAGCAGCAGCACUACUGGAAUUUUAAGAAUGCCGCCGGAGUCAUCGAUGGAUAUGGUCGAUCUAGAACCGAGUAUUUCAAGAGUGGACGAUGAUGUUGAUACCGAAACUGAACAACACGGAGAAGAGUUUAGAAGCGAUGACAAAAAAUGUAGCAAUGUCUCUAAGAAGAAAUGGAAUUUUGGGGCGAAAAUAAUGAAGUAUCUUAGGAGAAAUAAAGACAGCAAAAAGGAAUAGUGUUGUCCGAAGCUUUCGAUCCUGUAAAACAAGUAUUCCCUUUUUUAUUCUAUUCUACAAGUGCCACUUGGUUCAUGUGUUUUUGUUUGAAACAGGGAUCGAAGACUUUAAUGUUAAAUAAUCAAAUUUUAUUUUACAUUUUUUAUUAAGUUUUUUUGUAACAAUUUUUUAAUAAAUUUUUGUCAAAGUAAA